AUGCGGGGCCGCACCGGAGCGAAGCUCUUCGACGAAGAGAUGCAGGUGCUGCACACAACGACGGAGGGCAAAUUCUCAGGCGGAGCCUUGGUGAAGGAGAUCAUCGUGCGAGCCAAGCACUUGGAAGGCUCCAGCAACCUCAACCUCAACGUGUACUACCCCGGUACCUCUGAAGAGGUCCUGGGCACCACAACCGUGGGCUACAUUGACUCUUUGGCAAGCGAGCCGAAGACUGGCGGCGGCCGUGCCAUGUGGGAUUUUAUCUCAGGCAUGAACUUCAUUUGCAUUGCUUGCCACUCGAUCCUGCUCCAGAAGACGGUCGACUUUUGGCAGGCCCGUGGCAUGCAGCACAUGGACCCAUCCAGCGAGAAGGAUUGCAAUGCGUUCCGCCAGCUUGUGAUGGUCCACACCAUGGGCAAGGGCGAUGUUUUGCUAUUGAUGUCGCUCGAUGUCGUCCGGCUACUUCGGGUCAGCAAGCCCAAGGCAUCAAACAAAAUGUACACUGUCCAUUAG